AUGUUUCCGUCGGCAAGAAGCAUUACAAGCGGAGUCCACUUUGUGAACUCCGUAAGACACUCAAGUAAUGUCAGGCUUUCCGGCAGAAGAGUGAUGAAAACCAUCAAGAUGGGGAAAGCCAGACCAGCGAUCUUCCAUCAGUUCGAGACGUUUGUGGAGCUUUCUGACGGCUCUGUGGUAAAAAGAAGAUCUCAGGCACCUAAAGACGAGAUAAGAAUGAUCUCGGACCAGCGGUCCAGUCCGAUGUGGAAUCCAACGAGAGACGACUUAGACGAUACCGAUCCUAACGCUGUGGGCAAAGUUGAUAGAUUCAGGAAGAGGUUUGGGGGCUUCGAUGGUGCCGAGGAAGCUUCGGAGAAGCUCUCAUUUCAGGAGAGAAGAAAACAGGCCAACGAACAGAAGGAGAACUUGUUCGAUCUCUUGGGUGAGAAUGCCACUGAAGUCAAGGGUGGUAAGGUGCAGCCUAAGUGGGCGAAGAAGAAGAAAUAA